AUGGACGACAACGAGUUCGAUGACGUUCCAGAUUUUGACUCCUUGCUCUCAUCUGCUGAACCACAAGGGGCUCAAUCCACUCCCAGUGCCCCCGCGAAACCUGCAAUUCAGCCAAACAAAGUACAGCAACCCAAGCCACAAGUGAUACCUAAUCGCAGUGCCCGUUCCGCGAUCCUGGUUUCGUCGCGGCAGAAAGGCAACCCGAUAUUGAAUCAUGUACGCCUUUUGCCUUGGGAAUAUGCCGAUAUCCCUGCAGACUAUGUCCUAGGGGCAACGACUUGUGCGCUUUUCCUCUCAUUGAAAUAUCACCGCCUGCAUCCCGAGUAUGUCUAUUCACGGAUUAAAUUGCUUGGGGCAAAGUACACUCUGCGAAUCCUCUUGAUAAUGGUGGACGUGCCAAACCAUGAGGACAGCUUGAAAGAGUUAUCUAAAACGUCUAUUGUUAACAACCUGACCCUUAUUCUUUGCUGGUCCGCUGCGGAAGCUGGCCACUAUUUGGAGCUCUUCAAGUCGUCCGAAAACGCUCCACCAACAGCAAUACGGUCGCAACAGGCACAAUCAUACAGAGACAGCUUGGUGGAGUUUAUCACAACCCCAAGGAGCAUAAAUAAAUCAGACGCGGCUAGUUUGAUUUCAACGUUCGGGAGUUUGCAAGCCGCCAUCAAUGCGCAACCCGACCAAAUUAGCUCAGUCCCUGGCUGGGGAGAGAAGAAAGUUAAGCAAUGGACCGACGCCGUGAAAGAAGACUUCAGAACUCGGGACGCGGCGAGGAGAAAAACUAAUGCGGCAAGAAACAUAACCGUUGAGAAAGCUAAGGCCCAGGGUCGCACCGCCGACGAAGAGUAUUUAGAUGGGCUGUUUACUGAAGCGAUGGAACAAGAACGACUGAAUACUAUAUCUUCAGCAGCUGGCAGGGAUACAUCGAAAGCAUUCAACACCGCGAAUUCAAACCAAGAAAACGAAAGGGAGUCUCUCGGAGCUGAGCUUGGCAGUCAAGGUUUGGGCGACCGUAAACAAGGGCUGGACGAUAGGAAUGCUGGGAUUAUGGCUGCCUUAGCAAAGCUACGGAAAGAAGAGGGAUGA